AUGGAGCAGCUCGUAGAAAUGUAUAAUGAAAUCGAAGACAACCAUUCAUGGAAUUCUAUUUAUCAAGAGAUAGAUAAACAGUCUUGCAAACAAGAGAAAAAGUUGAAACUGACAACAAAGGUUGCGCAUUCAUGGGAGAAUGUUGAGAGAAACCGCUAUCGGAAUGUAUUAGCAUAUGAUACAAGCCGUGUUAUGCUAAAGCGGGAAAAUAGUGAGCAUUCUGAUUAUAUUAACGCUUCGCCAUUACUCGUUCCAACUGCCAAACGUAAUUAUAUUUUAACACAGGGGCCACUUUCAACAACCAGUAAUGAUUUUUGGCAGAUGGUAUGGGAGCAGAAUAGUACGCUUAUAAUUAUGUUAAACAAGCUGGUAGAAAAAGGAUUGCCAAAAUGUCAUGACUAUUUUCCAUCUCUGGGCAGUCCCGUGCGCGAAUUCGAUUCUUUUAAUGUGGUUCUAAAAGAAGAACAAGAUUUUGAUGACUAUGUGAUUCGAGAUUUGGAACUCUUGCGGAAAAAUGGAGAUGUUUUAUUAGAAAAAAAUGGACCUGAUGAACCACUUCCACGCAUAGUCAAACAUUUUCAUUUCAUAAGUUGGCCUGAUUUUGGUGUUCCUCAUUCAACUGCUGUGUUUAUUGGAUUUUUGCAAAAAGUACGUGAAACCGGACUUUUAUCUGGAAAGGAACCUACUAUAGUGCAUUGUUCUGCUGGUAUUGGUCGCAGUGGGACAUUUGUGGUAGCAGACUCGGUUUUGUCAAUGGUUGAGCAAAAUGUAAAGAAGAUUGACAUAACGAACUUGGUUGUAGAAAUGAGAAGGUCAAGGAUGGGAUUGAUUCAAACACCUCAACAGUUGCAAUUUUGCUGGAAAACUAUUGCUGAUGCAUUGCGACAAGGAGUUGUUAUUAAAAACGUAAAAUGUGAUGAAAAAUUAGACGACAAAUUUGGGAGGGAUCUUUUGGCUGUACCCAACAAUCACAUUAAUGGCGAACUGGGUGAAGUGCCACACCUGGAAAGAUCCCAAGCAAACCAGAUGACUACGGAUUUACACUCCAAAUCUUGUAAUGAUUUGUCAACUGUUCGAAAAAGAGCUUCCACUGACUGUUACGAAACGGACAAAGAAACAAAACAUGCAAAAAGGAAGAAGCGUAUAGAAGAGAUGCGUGCGCGCCUCUUGAAAUGUGAAGGCGCUCGUAAAAAGUGGAACUAUAUAGCAAUUAGUCGUACUGGUAUCGGAUGCGCAUGUGCAGCAGUUGCAGUCGCUUUUUGCUAUAUAUUAUAUUAUCGUUUAACCUCAUGUUAG